AUGUCCUUCAUAUCGUAUGAUGAGUCCGAGGGAUCCAAGUUCCUCAGGAAGGCCAAGGAGAAUAGUGUUGUGUCCACAGGGAUGGCUGGGUUCUUUGCCAUUGUGGCCCACAGGCUGUAUAAGAUGAAGCACAGAGGCAGUAUGAAGAUGUUGGUGCACCUAAUCCACAUGCGUGUGGCAGCGCAGGGCUUCUUGGUGGGAGCCAUGACCUUAGGUGUGGUGUACUCCAUGUAUAAGGAGUAUGUUCUGGAGCCGGCUGAAGCCCAGAGAGCACUGGAACAGAAAGCGCACGAGAACAACUGAUCACAGCAACGGCACCAAGACUGACUUUACUUUAAUUCAGUUUUAGUUUUGCACC